GCCCGGCCGCCCCGCCGCGCCGCCGCCCCCGCGGCCCCGGCCGGAGGAGACAGUAAAAGGAGCCACUUCCUGGAUCUUCUUCUGAACCCGUUUCCUCCACCAGGCAGCCCUCUUUGACCCUCUUUGACUCUUGGAUCAGCCAGUCACUCGAUGGGGAGCAACGGCGGACCUCCUUUUUGUGUCACCUUCCCACCUCUCUGUAGCAAGAAAAAUAACUUCAGCACCUCUUCAAUAAUAAUGAUGAAACUGGUAUUAACUGAAUGGCAAUUAUGGAUUUUUAACUCUAAUUCACAGUAAACCAGCAAGCCAUAUGUUUAAAAUCCAACCAAAAAUCAUUUUGUUUUGCUGCGUGUCUCACCCGCUUGUGAGAAGUUGCGAGAUCUCGAUUUGUACAAAGAGGGAUAUAAGCAUUACUUGCCGGAGGAACACAACUGAAGCAGAGAGAGAAGGCGUCCUAAUUUAUCCUUAAAGAUACCUGAUAGUAUUAUUUAUAUAGGUAGAGGAAAUAUAUAUACACACACACAUAUAUACACGUAUAUGUUUUUGGUGGUAAUGAGAAUGGCCCCGCAGAACGCCGACUCGGAAUCUCUGCAAGUUCAGGAGUUUCCUGUGCCCCUGCCGGAUCUGCAGAAGCCGGGAAGCGCGGAUACCCACGAUGAGACCAUCAGCGAGGGGUCCAUAGACCGGAUCCCCGUGCGCCUGUGGGUGAUGCACGGGGCCGUGAUGUUUGGCAGGGAGUUCUGUUACGCCAUGGAGACGGCGUUGGUCACGCCGAUCCUCUUGCAGAUUGGCCUUCCAGAGCAGUACUACAGCCUCACUUGGUUCCUGAGCCCCAUCCUCGGCCUCAUCUUCACGCCCAUCAUCGGCUCCGCCAGUGACCGCUGCACCCUGAGCUGGGGCCGCCGGCGGCCCUUCAUCCUCGCCCUGUGCGUCGGCGUGCUCUUCGGCGUGGCACUCUUCCUAAACGGCUCUGCCAUCGGUCUGUCCCUUGGCGAUGUCCCCAACCGGCAGCCCAUUGGCAUCGUCCUCACAGUGCUGGGGGUGGUCGUCCUGGAUUUCAGUGCCGACGCAACCGAGGGCCCCAUCCGGGCCUACCUGCUGGAUGUGGUGGACAGCGAGGAGCAGGACAUGGCCCUUAACAUCCACGCCUUCUCUGCUGGCCUUGGCGGGGCCAUCGGCUACGUGCUGGGGGGGCUGGACUGGACCCAGACCUUCUUGGGCGCCUGGUUCCGGACCCAGAACCAGGUGCUCUUCUUCUUCGCGGCCAUCAUCUUCGUGGUGUCGGUGGCCCUGCACCUGUUCAGCAUCGAGGAGGAGCAGUACAGCCCCCAGCAGGAGCGGGGCGGGGAGGUGGCCGACGCCCUGCCCCCCACCACCCGUGCGAACGUUCUGGAUGGCGGCGUGGCCCUGUUCCCCGAGGAGGUGCAGUCGGAGCACGAGCUCACGCUGGACUACCUGAGCGUGGACAUGGUGCGCAGCAAGAGCGACUCGGUGCUGCACGUGCCGGACGCCGCCCUGGACCUGGAGCCCGAGCUGCCCUUCCUGCCCGACAUCGAGCCCUCCAUCUUCCACGACGGCUCGUACCCCGGCACCCCCCGCAGCACCAGCCAGGAGCUCACCCGAGCCAGGCCGCCGCCCCGCCUGGCCUCCCUGCUCAGGGAGACGGCGAAAGAGGACGAGACGCUGCUCGAUAAUCACUUGAAUGAAGCCAAAGUGCCCAACGGCGGCGGCUCGCCGCCGAACGACGGCCCCAUGGGCUACAGCAGGGCGGACGGGAAGCCCGCUGCGGCGGCGGGCUCCAUGAGGCGGCGCAGGCACAUGUUCCGGCGGCAGGCCUCCAGCACCUUCUCCUACUACGGCAAGAUCGGCUCCCACCGUUACCGCUACCGGCGGGCCAACGCCGUGGUGCUCAUCAAGCCCUCGCGCAGCAUGAGCGACCUGUACGAGCUGCAGAAGCGGCAGCGACAGCGCUGCCGUGGCCGGCACCAGAGCGGGGCCACCACGUCGAGCGGCGACACGGAGAGCGAGGAGGGCGAGGGCGAGACCACGGUGCGGCUGCUCUGGCUGUCCAUGCUGAAGAUGCCCCAGGAGCUGACGCGCCUGUGUCUCUGCCACCUGCUCACCUGGUUCUCCGUCAUCGCCGAGGCCGUCUUCUACACCGACUUCAUGGGCCAGGUCAUCUUCGAAGGGGACCCCAAGGCCCCCUCCAACUCGACCUCCUGGCAGGCCUACAACGCUGGCGUGAAGAUGGGCUGCUGGGGCCUGGUGAUUUACGCGGCCACUGGUGCAAUUUGCUCAGCCCUGUUACAGAAGUACUUGGACAACUACGAUCUGAGCAUCAGGGUCAUCUACGUGCUGGGGACUCUGGGCUUCUCCAUCGGCACAGCCGUGAUGGCCAUGUUUGCCAACGUCUAUGUCGCCAUGAUCAUGAUCAGCACCAUGGGCAUAGUCUCCAUGAGCAUCUCCUACUGCCCCUAUGCCCUGCUCGGGCAGUACCAUGACAUCAAGGAGUAUGUGCACCACAGUCCCGGGAACUCCAGGCGCGGCUUUGGCAUAGACUGUGCAAUCCUCUCCUGCCAAGUGUACAUCUCCCAGAUCCUGGUGGCGUCUGCCCUCGGGGGCGUGGUGGACGCCGUUGGGAGCGUGCGUGUCAUUCCCGUGGUGGCCUCCGUGGGCUCUUUCUUGGGCUUCCUGACAGCCACGUUCCUGGUGAUCUACCCGGAGGUGUCUGAGGAGGCCAAGGAGGAGCAGAAAGGCCUGUCGCGCCAGCCGUCAGGUGACGGCGGGGACGGCGGCCAGAAGCCCACUGUGCUGACACUCUCCCGGAAGCAGGGCCCGCAGGGGCUGGUGGAGACGGAGUCCGUGGUCUGAGCCUCGCCCCUGUGCACACACAUUCCGGGGGGGGUGGCGGGGGGGGCAGGGGUGGUCACUGUUGCUUUGGUGGCAGCACAGAGUCCCUUUACAACACGGGGGGGGUGCGGUGGUGGUAGGGUAGGCCUGAGCCACUAGGCAAAGACACCACGCUAAUUCCUUUUUCCACAAUUAAAAAAAUCAUUUGAAAUAUUUUUUUUUUUUAAUUGAAAAGGAUCUUCUAAUUUCAACUCUUUUAUUCCGCAGGUAUAUUACUCUGCAUGUUUUUAAAAUUAUAAGUCAGAUUUACAAUAGACACAAGCAGUUUAGAGAAGAGUAAGGUUUUCAUUUCCAAGGUUAUAAUUGAAAACAAAAGUAUGUGCUGUCCUUCGUGUAGCCAGUGACUGAACCUUUCCACACCUCUCUGGACGCCUGCAGGCGUCGGGACUUUCUGUCAGAUCUCACGUUUUGUUGGUGCUGCAGUUAUUGGAGAGUAUUUUUCUUCAUCAUCGUUUUAGAAAACCAUUUUUUUUUCUUUCAAAACUGGUUUCCCUAGAAGAAACAGCGUUUCUUCUUUUCCUCAGAGAUUCUGAUAGAUGGCGCGAGUAGCAGGCCUGCCUCUGGGCAGUGGGAGGCGGCAGCCGCCCCCCACCCCCACCCCCACCCCCACCCCCGCCCCCGGGGAGGCAGGGCCCCAGGGACCCCGUGGGCGGGAGAGGGUGAUCGGAGGGUGCCCUGCGGGGACGGCGGGCUGGGACGGGCACCCGCGGCGGGCGGCGUUCCAACUUAGCAGAUGGGCCCCCUGGUAGGCGGGCGCGCAUGUCCAUGCCCGGACCCCUGAGAGGUGGUGGACUCUUUCAUUGCACUUUGACUCGUGUUUAAACCAUUUGUUGGGGAAAUCAUGAGGGCAGAGCUCCAGGCGUGGCCUUGCCCCCUGGGUCCUGCCGCCAGGCCUACCUCGGGUGUGUGGGGCGCUGCCCCAGCGCGCGUGAACUCCUCAUGCUGGGACUCCUCUGACCUCUUCUGACCUCUUCGCCUGCUCCCCCCGCUGAUGCUGGGACUGGAGCAGUGGCAAAGUGAAGCACGUGUCUGGGCCCGAAGGAAGGUCCACUCCCCCAGAGGACUCUGGCGGUGUUUUCUGCUUUCAGCGUCUAAGCCAAACCCGGACUUUGGGGAAAGUACAGUCACGAAAUGCUGCAGCUACUUGGGAAUGCUUUCCAAACCACAGUCUCUUUAUAACUGAGCAGUUUCUGCUUCUCUUACUUGGAAUGGUCAGUCUAAGCUUCCUGGUGUCACCUGGACACAGACGACGGUAAUACUUCGCUGCCUCAAGUUGUUUUUUAAAUAAAGAACUUUAGGAUGCAUGAACAAUCAUGCUGCAAUAUGAUCAUUCUAAAGCAAAUAUAUAUACAUACAUACAUAUAUAUAUAUAUAUAUUUCAAGAUGAGACUAAGCAGUUUUUAAAUAAAUUACUUGAAUUUUCUGUGUAUUCCAA